AUGGCUUGCUGUGUUCCCUGCUGCUGCAGCGUCCCCACCGGCCCCGCCACCACCAUCUGCUCCUCUGACAAAUGCUGCCGUUGUGGGGUCUGCCUGCCUAGCACCUGCCCUCACGACAUCAGCCUCCUCCAGCCCACCUGCUGUGACACCUGCCCCCCACCCUGCUGUGAGCCUGACACCUAUGUUCCAACUUGCUGGCUGCUCAACUCUUGCUACCCAACUCCUGGACUGAGUGGGAUCAACCUGACGACCUACGUUCAGCCUUGCUGUGAAAGUCCCUGUGAGCCCUGCUGUUGA